AUGGAUAGGAAUACCAGUUUUGUGGUGGUCCUUGUGCACUGCUAUCUUUCCUUAGCUACUCUCUUCUGCAUGUUUGCAUUUGCUCGUGGAAAUCCAAAUGUGCUUUGCAGAGAAGUAGAAAGAGAAGCCCUCCUCCGCUUCAAACAAGGUCUCAUAGACCGCUCGAAUCGACUCUCAUCUUGGAUUGGCGAGGAGUGUUGCAUGUGGAGAGGAAUUGGCUGUGACAACAUAACCGCGCAUGUCAUCCAGCUAAAUCUUAGAAAUGAUCCAUAUGCUGAUUCCUUUACUACAUUUGAAGCUUUUAAGUCGUCAAAGUUGGGCGGAGUGAUAAGUGAUUCUCUCUUGGAAUUAAAGCAUCUUCACUAUCUGGACCUAAGUGGGAAUAAUUUUACAGAUGCUCAUAUUCCAAGAUUUUUUGGUGGCCUCCAGAAUUUGAGAUAUCUAAAUUUGUCAGAUGCGGGUUUCGUGGGUACAAUUCCUCAUCAGCUGACAAAUCUCUCCAACUUGCAUUCUCUUGACAUUGGAUAUCUCUUUGUGCAAGUUGACAAUCUUGAAUGGUUAUCUCAUCUUUCUUUGUUGGAAUUUCUCGACCUGAGUUACGUCAAUCUUAGUAAAGCAUCCAAUUGGUUACAGGUGAUGAACAUGCUCCCUUCUCUAUCUGAGUUACACUUGUCUAGUUGUGAACUCAAUAAAUAUGAUCCUAUUCUUUAUGUUAACUUUUCAUCUCUCACUAUGCUCGAUCUUUCAAGCAACAACUUUGUUUAUUCAACUUUUAACUGGAUGAAUAGUCUCACGUCUCUUGUUACACUUGAUUUAAGUUACAAUCUCAUUCAGAUUCCACUUACAGUUGUCCAUAACAUGUCUUGUUUGAGAAAUCUAUAUCUCUCGCGUAACAACUUCUCUUCCACAGCACUUAACUUGUUCUACAAUAUAACUACUCUUGAAAGACUUGAUCUUGCAUCUAACAAUAUUCGAGGUGUACUUCCUAGAGCCCUUGGAUCCCUUUCUCGAUUGACGCAUCUUGACCUGUCAGACAAUCACCUUGAAGGAAAGAUACCAAGAUUCUUGGGAAACUUUAGUAAUCUCCAACUUUUAGAUUUAUAUGGGAACAACCUUGGGGGAGGUACUUUGCCGGAUGAAUUGGGGAAAUAUCAAAAGCUCUCUGUUCUUUCACUUUAUGGUAACAUGCUUUCUGGUCCGAUUCCCAUGUCUAUAGGAAAUCUUUCUUCAUUGAGGACACUUGAUUUCUAUUUCAAUCACUUAAAUGGAACAAUUCCUACUUGA